AUGCUGAAUGAGCCAUUGCAGGCAGCACUGGCUCGACACUGUGCCGGUCGUGCGCAGAAGAAGCUGGUUUGGGGACAGUUCUGGGCAGCACACCAGAGAUUCUUUAAAUAUUUGUGUAUCAGUGCUAAGGUGCAAACCUGUGUGAAAAUUGCUCGUGAAGCGAUAAAAAGUGGCAAAUGCGUUGUGAUUGGUUUGCAAACAACUGGUGAGUCGAAAACGUUAGAAGCACUGGACGAAGCCGGUGGCGAACUUACUGAAUUUGUCUCCACGGCUAAAGCGGUGCUGACGAGCCUUAUAGAGAAACAUUUUCCGACAGAAAACACGAGCUCGUCGGCCGAUAUGUACGUCGAUUUCGACAAAAUGUGCAAUGAAUUAGAAGGCCGCCAAACAGCAAAGCGCAAGUUAGAAAUGCCAGGAUCGAAAAGUAUGCCUAACAUGCCAGCAAAACGCAUGAAACUCGAUUUUGUUGAAGAGGAGAAGAAUGAAACGACAGACAGCAGUUCGUCAGCAGAGGACAGUUCGCAUUCUUCUGAGGAAGAUGAGGAGAGCACAUCAGAUGACGAUGGUGAACCAUCGAGCGGAGCCAUUCAGGGCGAUGAAAAUGCAUGGCUGCGAAGGCUGAUGGAUGAGGCCAAAAGUUCUGAAGACGAUGAUGAGGAGGAAGAAAAAAGUACAGAGAAAGAGGAGGACGGAAGCGAAGAUGAAAUCAAUCCAUUCAUGUGCGAUUUUAGUAGAGGUGACCCGUGGGCAGCAAAGCAACAAGUCGUUCCGGACUCGCCAAAAAAGAAGAAAAAGAAGCUGACGAAAAAGAAGAAAAAGCCAAAACCAAGCAGAAUUGACUCUGCUGCUAUGGUAGCCAUCAUUUUUCUGUUUUAG